AUGGGUCAAUGCAUAUCUCAAAAUCAAUCCGAAUUUCGGCAAUCAAGAAACACGCUGCAGGCACGUGGAGAAUUCUUAGGUUCAGACUUGAGGGUAAUGUUCAAUAAUCCUGUAUAUAGCGAUAUCAUUAUUACUUGUAAAGAUGGAGGUGUAUUAUACGGUAGUAAAUUACUUUUGGCAGCCCGCUCUGAUAUAUUUGCUAAUAUGUUUUUAAAAUCUAAUAACGAUAAAAAUGCAACAAAGAAUGAAGAUAAUAUUUCAUUCCCAGAAUUUAAUUCAAAAACAAUAUUAAUGAUUCUAGAAUAUUUAUAUAUGGGAAACAUUACGAUGGAAACAUUAACACUUAACAAUGUAGUAGAGGCAUAUUUUGGUGCAGAAUAUUUUCUACUUCCUCAGCUUGAAGAUAUAGUAAUUUCAUUUUUGGACAACGCAUUAAAAUGUAGUGCGGACAACACUCUUGCCGCAAAAUUUUUAACACAAGCAACGGAAUUUAUGUCACCUUCAAAAGAUGACAUAUUAUAUCGAACACUUCAUAAAUGUUUGAUAGUUACUCCAUUAGAAACAGUAAAUUUUGGAAUUCUUAAUCAGGAGGGUUUACAAUUUAUAUUAUCACCAAAAGGGAUAGAAGAUGAAGAAUUUGCAACCUCUGAAUACGGUGUAUUUCGAUAUAUAUUAUUAUGGGCAGCUAAUAAAAUUUCUAAAGAUGUUGUUACUCAUUUCGAGUCCCUUUUACCAACAUCUGAUCAAGCAGAACACCUUGAUGUCUUACAAUUAGAUAGAUUACGUAGAGCUCAUGAAAUAAAUCAUUACAAAAGUAAAGAACUUUAUGAAUCAAUCUUUCCAUUAGUAUCACCUUUAUUAAAAUGUGUCGAUUUCAAAUUAAUUCAUCCGUCAAUAUUAGCAAAUAUUAUUGAACCAUUGGAUUUUGUUCCUUCGGAAAUUUUAAUAGAUGCGUUUAGAUAUCAAACAAAAUUACCUCCUGGAGUAGGUCCUAAAAGAAAUAGAGGAGUUGUUACCGCAAAACCUGGAAAUCUUAAAUUUCAAUGGGAUCAAUAUGCCCAUGGACCAAAUAUUUUUGUUUUGGAGAAUAAUACAGUUCUUAUAAGUCGAUCAAAGAAAUCAGAAUUCGCCAGAACAACUUUACCAAUUCGAGGUCGUGAUUUAUAUGAAUGGGAUAUUAUAAUAGAAGAAGAUUGUAAAUGCUUUUGGAUCGGUGUGUGUACUGAAAGAAGAUUCGAAGUUAAUUAUUCAAAUUGGUUAGGUGGGGAAAUUUAUGGUUAUACACUUGGAUCGAACGGUUCACUUGCUCACAACAGAGGUCCAAAUAAUGAAAAAUCUUUAAAAAAUUCGAUCAUUUACGGUCCAAAGUUUGGAAAAAAUUCUUGUAUUACUGUUCAUUUAGAUAUGGGAAAUAGAACGUUAUCAUUUUCAAUUAAUGGUAUAAAGUAUGGUGUUGCGUUCACGGAUUUACCACGUGAAGUUUAUCCAGCUGUUUCAUUAAAAAAGCCGGGAAAGGUUAGAAUUGGUCUUCAUGACAAAACAAUUUCAAUGGCCGAAUUAAAUAGUUAUGAAUUAGUAAAAUAA